ACAAUUACCAAAUCUGUCGUUAGAAACAAAAAAAAUUAAAGGUAAUUUUGCAACAAUAACGUUUUCAUUUUUUGUUUUGACAGAGCAACUCCGUCGGCUGGCAGAGCGAAUGGGAGACAACCUUCGUUACUUCAUAGGGUUCCCGCCCGCGCUCCCGACGUGAUCGAUCUCGGUUCACCCAAAGAACUCGAAUCAUCGAAGGUGCCCGCAUCUUUUCCGCAUCGUCCAUCCUCCGAAGCUUCGAUCUUUCACACGGAAUCCGUCGUUGCUGAAAGGUUAUGGCUCGAUGGCUGUGGCUAAAGUUGUUGGUUUUGAUUGGAUUAUUUGCUUUUUCCGGGGGAAGAGAAAUUAAGAUCGAGUAUGAGGAUGAUGCUCCUCUCUACAAUCGUACGCUCGCCAAGAUACUCGUGGAAUAUGCUUCUGCUGCCUAUGUCACAGAUCUAAUGACACUUUUUACUUGGACCUGCUCAAGGUGUAAUGAUUUGACGAAGGGGUUUCAGAUGAUAGAGCUGGUAGUUGAUGUCCAAAACUGCUUACAGGCAUUUGUGGGAAUUGCUCAUGAUCUGAACUCCAUCAUUAUUGCAUUCAGAGGUACCGCUGGGACCAGCAUAAGGAAUUGGAUUGCUGAUUUGUUCUGGAAGCAGCUUGACUUAAGUUACCCAGGUGCAGAAGAUGCAAUGGUGCACCAUGGGUUUUAUUCUGCUUACCAUAACACCAGUUUGCAACAUGGGAUUCUUAGUGCUGUUCAAAGGACAAGGGAGUUAUAUGGUAAUCUCCACAUUAUUGUUACAGGGCAUUCAUUGGGAGGGGCUCUGGCUUCAUUUUGUGCAUUGGAUCUUACUGUUAAUCACGGAGUAGAACUUGUUCAUCUUAUGACCUUUGGACAACCUCGCAUAGGCAAUGCUGCUUUUGCCUCCUACUUCAGCAAGUUUGUGCCAAAUGCAGUUCGUGUGACGCAUGAGAAUGAUAUAGUGCCCCAUUUACCACCGUACUACUCAUAUUUCCCGAAAAAGUCAUACCAUCAUUUCCCAAGAGAGGUGUGGCUUCAUGACAUUAAAGUGGAUGGCGUAGAGGACAAGGGAGAGAAGAUUUGUGAUGACUCUGGAGAAGAUCCUUCUUGUUGCAGGUCCGUUCAUGGGACAAGUAUAAGGGACCAUCUCAAGUAUUACAGCGUCGAACUCAGAGCUGACACAAGGGAAUCUUGUAGCAUUCUAGUUGAUUCUAGUGUUUUACAGUAUGAUGUAGGGUACAAUGGUGACAUCUUAUCCAGGGAUCCUACAGCUCCAUCACAUUUGAAACUAAGUUCACGAUCAGAUACCGCUAGCAUCUCUGUUUAGAAUUCGUUCAUUGGAAAAAUUAUUCCUAAAAUCCAUUCCUUGUAAAGAGUUCUUUGCUGCUGUAUAUUUAAAAUUAAGUUCACCACUGGAUACCGAUACCAACUCUGUUUAGAAUUCGUUCAUUGGAAAAAUUAUUCCUAAAGCCAAUGCCUUGUAAAGAGUUCUUUGUCACUGUAUACGGUGAGAACCAUCUCAUAUCUUUGUCAUCCUGAGAAGAAUGUACAUAUGCACCCACUUUUUUGUGAUAAGAGGCA